AAAUGAUACACUAUGAUAAAUUUUAUAUGAAUGACCCACAAGAGGGAGUACUAUGUGAAAUAUGAAUCACGUAUUUACGCCUUUGAGUACAGGGAGGUGUAAAAGUUCAAAUUAAGACAAAGAACAGUGGCACCAGGAUGUAAUGCAUGUUUUCAACACAGGGCGGCGUCUAUUUAGAAUGAUAUACAAUGAAUAACAUGCCAAAAAUAAGCGUUCUUCUGUUCUCGGACACAAUAUCGACCAAUUAACACUGCUGAUUAAAAAAAGAAUUCCAAGCAGUUGGCUUUAUGCAAGAUUAUGAUUAUGUGCGUCCUGUUAAUUAUGCAAGUAUGCUAGAUCAUUUUUGUUCAGUUUUAGAUCUUACCUUAUCAAUCAAUAUGAACAAAAUUAAACUUCAGUUUAAGGAGUGGGUGUGAGCCAGUAAGUAUUAAUUUAGGUUUUCAGUGGGUGUACUGGUGUCAUUUGCGGUGUCCUGGUUCCAAUAAUCUCAGCAUUUAAAUAUUUAGAAAUGAGGCCAUGGUGGUUUCUUUUUAUAAUUCAUAAACACGUACGACUCGUCACAGACGGUGCUUAAAAUAGCACGCUCGAUUUGAACAACAUGGCUUCCUAUUGCCUGUAAAAAUGCUCCUCCGAGAACCGAGGGCCGUAAAGGCUGGACUUGCGUGAGGGUAUUUUCUUGGUGUCUUGAGCGUUUAUAAUGUCGUACAAGUCGAGAUUCUCUACGUCCAGGAGCAGCUCAAGGUCUCCAAGCACCCAAGAUUUGGACCUCAGCUCCCCCAUGCUGACGGUAUUCGAUCUUGAGCGUCUCCUCUACACAGGGAAAGCGAUCAACAGCCACGUCGACGAAGUUUAUCCCCGACUUUAUCUUGGUGAUCAGGCUAUAGCAGAAAACCGUUGUGAGCUAGCAAGGCUUGGCAUCACUCACAUCCUGAACUGCGCACACAGCAAGUGGCGGGGCGGUGCGGAGAAGUAUGAGGGGGCGAACAUCACAUACCAGGGCGUGGAAGCGCACGACACCCCCGAUUAUGACAUGACUGUCAACUUCUACCCUGCAGCGGAGUUCAUACACAAGGCACUCACUGGCGGAGGGAGGAUCCUGGUGCACUGUGCAGUGGGCGUCAGUAGGUCAGCCACCCUGGUGCUGGCGUACCUGAUGAUCCGGCAGAAUAUGACUCUGGUGGACGCCAUCAAGACGGUGAAGGACAACCGCGGCAUCAUCCCGAACCGUGGUUUCCUGCGACAGCUUGUUCGCCUAGACGGCACCCUACACGGCAGCACCCAGGGAAGAUUUUAGGAAGUACACAUAUUCCUUUGGAUAAUCAACAUCAAGGGUUAAGGGCGGCCUGUAGCGUAGUGGUUAAGGUACACGAAUGGGACCCGCAAGGUCAGUGGUUCGAUCCCCGGUGUAGGCACAAUAAGAUCCAUGCAGCCGUUGGGCCCUUGAGCAAGGCCCUUAACCCUGCAUUGCUCCAGGGGAGGAUUGUCUCCUGCUUAGUCUAAUCAACUGUACAUCGCUCUGGAUAAGAGCGUCUGCGAGUCCUGCGAGCACUGUUAGCUUCAGCAACUGUUUUCAGUUGGAUUGUGCUACGUAUGCAUUUGUUUUAUUUGACCCUCGGAGGUAGAGCAUGUGGGUGUUAGGUGUGCAAGGUGAGCAGUCAGCUCAUAUUUCACAAAGCUUAGAUAGCAGUUGGACUGCAGCCAGGCAUACUACUCUUGUGUUACCAUAGAGCAUUGAAAUAUUAUCCUAGUUGGUUACAAAAGCCUUAUCAUCCUGUGGGACUGAGUUUCUUUUGAGAAAAAGGGCAGUAUUUUAGAAAUAUGCAGUUAUAGGUUUAAGUCUGCUAAGUUUUUUGUUUUUUUCCCAGUGUGUUGGAUGUAUUUUAGCUCACAGGUUUUCCCCCACUGAUUGGAAAAUGCAUACCUGUCUGCCAUGCCUGAGUCAAAUUCAAACAAAUUAUUCUUUUUCCAUCGUUAAAUAAGUACAAAGCUCAUGAAAUAGUGUAAUAGCCCAAAUAAGGAAGUUGAGAGAAAUGCAGAAACUAAAGCAGUGGUCAGUUUGCAGUAUCAAUACAGUCAGCAUUUAUUUAAAGCAUAUGAACCACUAGGAUUUAAACUCGCUUUACAAUCAGUAUGCUAGUUGGAUCCCCAUAGGUACUGAAUUAGCACCUGGAUAACCUGACUGAUCACAUGACAUGACAUUUAUUUGGCUGAUGGUUUUAUCUAAAGCAAUGUACAAUACAUUCAUACGGAAGGUUAUUGGAACACCUAAAAAAAAAAUUGGUCAGACAAGGUACAAUUCAGAUGAAAUAUCAGUUUUCCAUCACCAUGAACACCGUCAAGUUCACAUGGUAAAUAUAUGCUAAAUCAGUAUGUUAUGGUAGGGCAUAAUCUAGCUCACACCACUAGUGGUUAAUUGUGGCCCACGUGGAGAGGAGGGGAAGUUAACGUGGAUUGAAUGUCAAACAAAAAAAGGUAUCUGAGUCAGAAUGCAUCGGCGUCAGCCUGGUAACUGCACACGGGUCAAUUCAGUAUGUUGCAGUGUAUUUGCAAUUUAUCCACGCGAGCACACGAAACAACAGGAGACUGACAUUUACAACAAAAUAAAUCAACUACAAUUAGGGGGGAAAGGGCACCACUGAGUGCAAAAACUGGAUAACCCCAGAUUACAUGCAUUUCUCGAUCAGCCUGCAAUAAAUGGCCGACCAAUCCAGUUUAGGCAGAAGUAUGCCAGCCUACUGCAGGCUGCUGGUGUGUAUGAAGACUGGGCGGCUGACAGCAUGGUCUACGGUCACAAAUUGAUCAAAUUAAAUGGAAAAAAAACAAACAAACCAUUAUCCCAGGGACUACAGAUGGAAAAAUGUUAACUAGCACAUUGACAGAAAUGCCAUUAAUGUACAUUGACCCUGUCAAAUAAAGAAGUAAACUAAA